AUGCCCGACAACAACCUGGCCAUCGUGCUCAUUCUCUUCUUGGUCUUCCUCGUGAUCGGCGCCGGCGCUUACUUUGGGCGCAACUGGAUCAAGUCUUUUACCACUGCCAUGGUCCAAGCCAAGCAGGCCGAACGCCACUCACGACCCCGAAAAUCUUCCCUCAGCCUUGGGCAUGGGCUAACUUUCCUUCCGGGACAUCCUCACAGACCUCCUACCUGCCUCAAUUCUCUCUCCACGAGGCAGCCAACUCCCCUCACCAUGGCUGCUCCAAGACCCGUAUUGGGUCUCGGUGCCAAUACUGUACGAUCAUGUCUGAGGAGUCUCCGUUCCGGCCCCGCCAUAAUAUCACCAUCAUCCCGACCCUUCUCCUUGACUGCGCCCGCCCGAGAUGCUGCCCCGGGUGACACAUCCAACCGUCAGACCCAUUUUGGUUACGAGACGGUCACCGAGGCCGAGAAAAGGAAGCGCGUGGCCGAUGUAUUCAGCAGCGUCGCAGAGACUUACGACCGCAUGAACGACCUGAUGUCCUUCGGCUGGCAUCGCGUCUGGAAAGACCACUACGUAUCCUCCCUUAACCCAGGCUUCUCCUCCGACCCAUCCCACCCGCCAGCCCAACACAUCCUCGACAUAGCCGGUGGCACAGGCGACAUCGCCUUCCGCCACCUGAACCACGCCCACGUGGUGAACCGCAACCCGAACGUGCGCGUCACCAUCUCCGACAUCAACCCAGACAUGCUGGCAGUGGGCAAGCAGCGGUCCCAGGCCCUCCCCGCAAGCCAGCAGGCAAACCUCUCCUUCCUCGAGGCCAACGCCGAGGACCUGGCCUCCGCGGGCGUCCCGGACGCCAGCGUCGACCUGUACACCGUGGCGUUCGGCAUCCGCAACUUCAGCAACAUCCCCGCGGCGCUGCGCGAGGCGUACCGCGUGCUGAAGCCGGGCGGCGUCCUCGCCGUGCUCGAGUUCAGCAAGGCCGACCGCUGGACCCCGCUCUUCACCGAGGUCUACCGCCGCUGGAGCUUCGGCGCCAUCCCCCUCAUCGGCCAGCUCGUCGCCGGCGACAGGGACUCGUACCAGUACCUGGUCGAGAGCAUCGAGCGCUUCCCCUCCCAGGACGAGUUCCGCGACCUCAUCCUCGACGCGGGCUUCGUCGUCGGCGGCGACGGCUAUGAGAACCUCACGGGUGGUGUCGCGGCCAUACACAAGGGGAUGAAGCCGAAGGCGUGAUCCAAGUCCUGGGCCAAGUCGCGGAGGUGCUGCUGUUCUUUGGCUGUCGUACAGACCUGGUCCGCUGCGCAUUCUUUGUUGCAUGUCGACCGCGAAGUGGCGGUAUCUGCUUGUCCGGUUGUGCGUCGCGCCGUCGUUCUUAUACUUUACAUGUCAUGGUCCACAAAAAAAAUCAUAAUGCAGGGCACAGCAUUUCAUUUCGUAGAGAAAAAUACUGUACAAUAUGCCACUCGCCAUUAGGCCGUCGUCGUGAGCACGAAGAAAUAGGACACUUGCAGAAAACCCCAAUGCCUUCUCGUACUACGCAAGAUGAACAUUUCACAAGACGGCUUUCAUUUCCGGCUAUCUGUUGCAGAGAUGUGCUCUCUCAGAUAAUAUUGUCGAAUACGAAGUAGCCAACGCCAUCCCAGGCGCUUUUCCCUGCUUUAUUAAUGUGUUCUGUCUUUUUUCGACGGAGGCUACGAAUCUAUCAGUAAAGAAAGAGAGAAAACGGGUGUGUGAAGGCUCAGGUCGUCUUGCUGUUGCCCCCCAGGUGAAUGCCCAAGGGCGGCGGUACUUUUUACGCGCCUUACAACGAGGGAAGGACACAAGGUAUAAAAGAGAGGUCUAGGCAUAUGUCCGUAACCCUCUCAGUGCGAGCUUGCCCGCUCAAGGAUCUCAACACCAGCUACAAGUAUUGCUAAUACUACAACAAAUGGCACACACCAGUGUUUAUGCGCAUAAGCAUAGCGCAAUGAGACGGACAGCACAGGCAUCGGUACAAAAAUCAUAGUUCAAGAUGAUUUUGAA